CAGACUUUAAAAACUUUUUCAGAGUUGUGAUCAUGACCAGUUUGAAACCUUGUCUGUGAACGGAGAAUGAAUUGGCAUGUAAGGAACAUGAUCAGGCUACCUCAGAGAUCACAAGCAAAACUCAGUAUAAUUCUUGCUGUCCUCUUCCUAACUUCGGUUCAGUCAACGCAACCAACCAUACACCCAAGAUGCGAGAAUCAAAGCUGCAGCCAGCAUCUUCACAGGAGUCUAAAGUACACCAAGUUUAUGAUCCAGACCACUGCACAACAUUUAAAAACAUAUAAAACCAUUAACUUGGAUUCUACAGACCUUAUCUGCGAUAUGCAAAUGGUGAACGUUCCAAUAUCGACAAUCUCUGGUCAGAGCAUAUCCGAGCGCAUCUUCAGUGUUUAUACCCACCUAAAAGAAUUCCUUCCACACCUAAAGACAGUAAUGGAGCAACAGAAAGACUUCGAUCCUCCAACCAACCCUGUGGUGGAAGGACUUAAGCAUGUGAUUACAAGCGUUGACCGCAUUUCUGUGAUUGUAAACUGUCUCCUCCAAGUUCUGAAGCCAAAUAUACCUAUUCUUGAGCCAGCUGAAAGACCAACAGGAAUUCCCCCCGCGCAAAAUACUUUCCAGCAGAAGGCCUAUGGAUGCGUUGUCCUGUCGCGGCUACAGGAGUUCCUUAGCCAAGCAUUUCACGAACUGAAGUCUCUUAGGGGUAGAAGGUGCAGGAGAAGGACAGUAAUACCAUCACUCAACUAAAAUGCGUUCAGGGAUCGGAAAAUGAUGGCUGUAAUUUAUUUCUAUUUAUUUUUGUACAUAAAUUCCUGUAGAGAUGUGUAAAUGAGUUCAUGGUUUAUGUUGAUAUACAGUAUUUAUUUAGAUAAUAUAUUUCUGUCUUAAUUGUCUUAUUCUUAUAUCCAGGGAAAUAUAACAUUAUGUAAACGGAUAAGUGCUGCAAUAAUUUGGAUCAUCUUGGUCUUCUACUGGUAUAAUGUAGGUCCUCAGUACAUGUUAUUCAGUUAUAGUUUGUUACAUAUAUAUACAAGAUGUUAUCAGACCACAUGUUCUGGCCCUUUUUGCCUAGAAAGGCAAACCAAUUCAAUUUCUUCGUAAAAUUCUCUGUGAGGUCAUGUAUGUUGUCACAGGCAUUUGUUUUGAUAACAAAGAAAUUGACUGUGAUGUAAAAACGUUAGCCAUAUUGGCUUUUGUGUUCAUUGCUAACUCCUUGCAAGACCCGAGUACCCUAGUAAAGUACCGUCUGAGACAUAGCCUUGUGUCGAGACCAUUUUAGAAGACAGGAAGUGCAAUAGACAGUGAUAUCAGCCCAUAAUGACGCAUUUAUUUCACCACAUCAUAAAGGAAAAAAAACUGGCUAGCCGUCUCCCCUGUCACAAGGUAUGAAUGUGUGUUUCUGCCCAUGUGUGUUUGUGGGCAAAUCUCAAGCUCUUCCUUUCAUAAUAAAGACUUGAACGUUUACAAGUAUCUCUGUGAAGAAACUUUGCCUUUCUUUAUAAAUGCAAAGUUGCAAACUUAAGACAUUUAAAACCAGUUCUUUGUUUUUUUUCUAUAGUGAACUGCUGACACCUUAAAUCAAGCUGAUUAACUAAACAAAAUCAAACCACACACAGUAAUAUCAUGGUGAUGUUGUGCACCACAGUACAAUAAAAUCAAUGUAAGAACAUUACAUGAUACACAGUAACAAUAAUGAAUUUGUUCAAUGUUUUACUGGGAUAAAAUAAUGCUGUGGAAAAAAUGCCAUUUCAAGCACUUUGCCCUAGUCACACGCUUCUGUGGAAAUGGAAGUAGAGAUUCAUUGUAGGUCAAGUAAUGAGUUCUGCAUGACAACGUU